AGGAGCGCAGCGCGCGAAACACCGGCCAGCCGGCGGGGACUAGGAGCUGGGGCGGAGCCUGGCGUCCCCUCCCGUGGCCGGCCGCACCCGUCCUCCCGGCUGCGGAGAGACGACCGGCUGCCGCCGCUGCCGCUGCCCCUGCCGCGAGCUGUCCCUGCAGCGCGCUUGUCUUGGCGGAGCCGACCGCAGUGCGCCCAGGCCUCAGGCGCGUCCCCAGCCUCCGCCCUGGCGCGGGGGCGUUGGACUCGCGCGUGCGCAGCGCAGGAGGGGCGCGGGCUGGGACCCCCAAACCAGCGCGUGCGCCAAUCGAGCCCAGGGCGGCAAGUGGGCGCCGGGCCGUGAUGGGCCUCCCCGUGCUGCGACCCCACUGAGGAAGAGGCUCGAGGACAGGAGGAGCGCGAGCCGCCAGCGCGGUGCGGACUAUGGCAUUCCUCGCCGGCCCGCGCCUGCUGGACUGGGCCAGCUCGCCGCCUCACCUGCAGUUCAAUAAGUUCGUGCUGACCGGAUACCGGCCCGCCAGCAGCGGCUCGGGCUGCCUGCGCAGCCUCUUCUACCUGCACAACGAACUGGGCAACAUCUACACACACGGGCUGGCCCUGCUGGGUUUCCUGGUGCUGGUGCCGAUGACCAUGCCCUGGGGUCAGCUGGGCAAGGAUGGCUGGCUGGGGGGCACACACUGCGUGGCCUGCCUGGCACCUCCUGCAGGCUCUGUGCUCUAUCACCUCUUUAUGUGCCAUCAAGGGGGCAGCGCUGUGUAUGCCCGGCUCCUCGCUCUGGACAUGUGUGGGGUCUGCCUUGUCAACACACUUGGGGCCCUGCCCAUCAUCCACUGCACCCUGGCCUGCAGGCCCUGGCUGCGCCCAGCUGCCCUGGUGGGCUACACCUUGCUGUCGGGUGUGGCUGGUUGGCGUGCCCUCACCGCCCCCUCCACCAGUGCUCGGCUCCGGGCAUUUGGGUGGCAGGCUGCUGCCCGCCUGUUGGUGUUUGGGGCCCGGGGAGUGGGGCUGGGCUCAGGGGCACCAGGCUCCCUGCCCUGCUACCUACGCAUGGACGCACUGGCGCUGCUUGGGGGGCUGGUGAACGUGGCCCGCCUGCCCGAGCGUUGGGGACCCGGCCGCUUUGACUACUGGGGCAACUCUCACCAGAUCAUGCACCUGCUGAGCGUGGGCUCCAUCCUACAGCUGCACGCCGGUGUCGUGCCCGACCUGCUCUGGGCUGCCCACCACGCCUGUCCCCAGGACUGAGCUGCCAAGACAGCCUGCCCACAGCAGCCUCCUAGAGUUAGCAGCACCAGGUGUUCCUCCCUCCUGGUCUGCAAGGGGCUGGCUCCCUGGAUGCUUCCAGCUCAGGAGACGUCUAGCCAGGAGCCCUCCUCACCCAUUCUUCCCUGUGGACUGACCUCUUCAGCCAUGCGGUGGCCCUUCGACUUACUUCCCUGCCUUCUCCCUCCAAGCUCCUGUUUUACUGCGUCAGCUGGAAGGAAACCUUUCCCUCUUGGGACCUGUUUACCCUCUGUGACCUGUGGGUUUGGACCAGAGGGACUCUGGGGUCAUGUCUUGCUCUGAGAGUUGAAGUCCUGCCAGCUUUCCAGGCUGCCAACUCAGAGCCCUCACUCCGUCCUGCUACUCCCACCAGGCCUCUGGCCAGCCCCUUGGGCCCAGGCUUCUUGACCUCCAUCUUUCUGCCCUGCAUACAAGCUCUCCCAGCAGCCACAAGCUUGCCCGCCCUGGCUUCCUCUGCCGAGACAUGGAGGAAGGCAUUCUGGGCAAAAGGACCAAGGGGGCAUGGACCCUUCUUGUACCAGCUGGCCACAGGCACAAGGGCUGCAGCUGCUUCUUCCAGGCAACUGGGACAUGGAAUUCAGUGGCCUCAGAUCCUGGGACCCCUGGGCCGUGCCUGCCCUCCACUUUGAGUACCAUGCUCCAACAGCUCCAGCUGCCCACAGGGAUGUGCCUGCUCAGGAAACCUCUUGGCCACACGCUCCGGCUGCUGGCCCAAGGCCAGGAAAACAGUUCUGCAGCAGGGUUCAGCCUCAGGGGCCUAAGAUGCUGGAUGACAUCAAUAAAGGGACAGGAAGGGCCAUGUUGCCACACGAGCAAGCUUGGGUGCUCCCAAGGUUCAAAUACCUUUUAUUAGACAUGGCCAGGCAGAAAAGACCAUGGGAGUUCCCAAGGGGCCCCAGCUUUCAAGAGCGAUGGGAGGGACACUGGGUAAAACAUUACAAGUGCAGUGGCGGAGUCUGGGGCUCAGGUUGGGUCUAGGGUGUCCUCAAACAGGCUGAGGAGGUUCCGAGGCUCAAAGGAGGGGAAGGAGCCUCGAGGAGGCUCUGAGUCGAUGUCACUUAGGUCCAGGGCAUCCCUGGGAGGAGGGGAGAGGAGUGACACUCAGGAUCCGAAAGCCAGCCCUGCCCUGCCCACCCCAGCCCCUGGGCCUGCUUACCUGGGCGUGCACCUGCUCCUGGGGGUGGAGGCCCGGGCCAGGACAGCCUCAGGGGACAGUGAGGGCCUGCAGGAGGGCGGGUGAGACAAGCAAGGUGUUCAGGGGUGGGGAGUGCAGGACGAGACCAGCUUUGUCCCUAGGCAGGCUUUAGGCUCCCACCUGACCAACAGGCAGGGAGCCAUGGUCAGAUACAAUAAAAGCUUGGUGCACUCUGAAAGCAGCACUUGGAGAGCCUUCAAAGACCUUCCAUCUGGCUACAUUCAAAGGCCCCUCUGUCCUUUUCAGAAGAUACAGACUUGAUGGAGGCGGAUUGGAAGUAAACGUUUAGUAAAUGUAA